AUGUUCAUUACUUACACGCAUAUCGACGACAUCAAAGCCCCCGCGAAGAAACGACAAGUGCACUUAUAUCAGAACCGCCGGAGGAAAGAGAUCAAGGCUGCCUCGACUGCGCUGUCAAAGAAUCAUGCCGCCAAACCAAGCGAGGCCGACGCUGUCUCGUGGCCGAGCCACAAGUUCCCCAUGGCUUUGCAAGCGGAUUUGCUCUUCGAAGGCAUCAUUCUGUUGAUGUGGUCUUCCUUCCCGCCUAGUCUGAAACAGUCCUCGCACGCUGAACGUGACCAGGUCUUCAUGGGUAUUCGAGGGGCCGUGAUGAGCAAACUCCAUGCCCGACUAAGUGUACCGCAAUUGUGCAGCGACGAUGUCAGUAUCCAUACAGUCCUGUCAUUGAUGGCCGCAGAUUUCAACCGUGGGCUCGACGACAACGUGGAAAUACACUGCGAAGGACUGCGACAGAUGGUCAAACUUCGAGGUGGCCUGGCGGCGAAUGAUGUCCAGCCUCAGACCAAGUAUUCCAUCACGGCGUGUGUACACCUGAUACACCACAACGAAACGGUCAUGACAGGGCUAACGGGCGAGGGCAGCGCAGAAAUGAUGGUCGACCUCGCGAUCCUCCGGCGUGGACUGUCGCCGAAGAUGAACAUGACCCCAAACAACAAGAUCGUAUAUCCAGCGCACCCGUUCUCUCCUGAAUUGUGCAAAACCAUUGCCACCCUCCCCAAGGGAUUCGAAGACAUGGCUCUCAAACAAGUGUUGUCCGUUCAAGUCAUCGACCUGGUUCACCGACUGACUAGAACGAUCGAGCGCGGACCGGCAGAUUUUCCCAAAGACACGUCCAUCGCGGUCGAAAUGAUGCGUUUGUCAAUGGAGCCGGAGGCCGACAUCGUCGAGAAAGGUGUGAUCUUACUGACCUUCGUGUUCGCCCGUUUCUUGAGCGAUAAGGCGACGAAAGGUUCGAGUUCACCUCAGUCUAUGCGCACGGAUGACGCGAUCAAGGAGCCUGUCGGGCGCUGGGCAAGAUUCGCGUUCGGGAUCCAAAAGGAAGUGGACAGUGAUUUUAUCGCGUGGACAACGUUCGUGCUCUGGUUGGCCUGCGAGGACUAUGGAUACUCCGAGAAAGAGCAAGAUGAAUUGGUAGACCGGCUCGCAAGGACGCAGCCGACCAUGAAGAAUAAAGACCGGCUUUCGAGCGUGGUGACAAAGUAUUUCUUCCAUCAAAGUCUCGAGCAGGAUCUGGACAUGUUCUGGAAAAGUUUGAUGACCAAAAGUUGA